GCCACCAUGAUCACCCACCUCGACUUCGCCGCUCGGGACGUGGCCACAAAACGGGCUCUGGAGAGUCUAUCGCUCUCCGUCGCCAAAUGCAAAAAAAUUGUCGUCGUUACGGGGGCCGGGAUCUCAUGCUCUUCUGGAAUUCCCGAUUUCCGCUCCUCUGACGGUCUCUACGCGCUUGUAAAGGAGCAAUACCCCGACGUUGUGCUCAAGGGGCGCGACCUCUUCGACGCGUCGCUAUUCCGCGACUCGACAUCAACCGCUGUCUUCCACACAUUCAUCGCCCAACUCAAACAGUCGAUCGACGCUGCCGAACCUGGCCCAACACACCAUUUUAUUCAGACGCUCGACGGCAAAAAGAAGCUACUCCGCUCGUAUACACAAAACAUUGACGGUUUCGAGGCAAGGGUUGGGCUGCUGGGUAGUGGGAGCCACGAAGCGAAAUCCGAGGGCAAGGGAAAGUCCAAGCUACGGACUAAGGAUGUGAAGAACGUCCAACUCCAUGGCGAUAUUCAUCGCGUCCGAUGCAGGUCGUGCUCUGCCGAGUAUCCUUGCUCACGGGAGUAUUUGGACAUUUUCCUUCAAGGCGACGCGCCAGAUUGUCCGGAAUGUCUUGGACGAGCGAAAGCACGAGCCGCCCGUUCAGCGCGAACCAUCAAAGUCGGCUCAUUACGUCCCGCCAUCGUUUUGUACGAUGAGCCCCAUCCUCUCGGCGACGAAAUUGGUCUGAUACAAUCGUCUGACCUCACACGCAAGCCCGACAUGCUCAUUAUCAUGGGCACUUCACUGAAAGUGCACGGUCUGAAGAAACUCGUCAAGGAGUUUGCUAGGACCGUUCACGGCCACUCAACCGAUAGUCCUAAACCCAACAGCAAAAAGCAUGCGGGCAAGGUCAUCUUCGUCAACAGGACACCGCCAUCGUCUGAAUGGAAUGGGAUUAUCGACUUUCACGUUGAGGGAACGACGGAUGAGUGGGUUGCGCGCGUGCUUGAGGAGUGGAAAAAGUCGCGUCCACAAGACUGGGAAGUACAGAAGACGCUGGUGGCGGCGGAGAACGGGGAUGUGAGUAUGAGCAGCCCGCUCAACUUCAAGGUGGUCGCAUCGACCAAAGACAGGACCAAAAAAGAGACCAAGAAGAAGCCGCGAAACGACGGAGAAAAUGUGCCUCCUACUCACGAGUCGACCGACAUGGUGCUCAGCACUCCGGAUAUUGCUGCGACAAUUGCGAAAAGCGGGGCAUUCUUCACGCAAACUCCUCCAUUAUCGCCAAGCAAAAGGAGGCAAACCAACUCGCACUAUACGUCCGAAUCGAGCCCGUCGAAGAGGAGAACGUUGUCACCCAUGAAGGGGUUGGAUGAUUCAGCGCGAGGGUUGUUGUUUGGUGUCCCUCAAACAAGUUCGAUGGAUUUGGAUGUCUUUGACGACUUGUCGAUGGAGAGUCCGGUCAAGUCCAAGGCGAAGCCGUUGAGGAGAGGUCGAAGCACAGUGCGCCCACUUGAGCUAUAG